AUGCUGAACUUUGACAUAAAGGCAGCACAAGAAAGGAGAGUAAUGAACUUGUUUGAGUUGGAGGAAAUCAGAAUGAAUGCCUAUGAGAACUCCAUGAUUUAUAAGAUGAGAACCAAGGCAGCCCACGACAAACUGAUUCGCCUUAAAGACUUCAAGGUUGGGGACAGUGUGCUCUUGUUUAACUCCAAGUUGAGGUUGUUUCCCGGGAAGUUGAGGUCAAAGUGGUCGGGGCCAUUCAAGAUCAUGAAGUUCUACCCUAUGGAUCCCUCACUCUGCUCAACCAAGAGGGGAAGGAAUUCACAGUGA